AUGACCUGCGCCCCGUUUCUCGCGCUUCGCGUUAUCCAACGUCUCGUCACCGACGAAGGCCAUCGCUUUCCACGGGCUGUGCCCAUCCUUCAGCGCCACAUUUAUGUUGAUGAUGUGCUCUUCGGCGAUAACGAUAUCGCGUCGCUGAAACAAACUCGUGAUCAAUUGAUAUCUCUACUCGGACGCGGGCUCUUCGAAUUACGCAAGUGGGCGAGUAAUUCUUCCUCCCUAUUGGACGACAUCAAUCCCUCGAAUCACGGUCUCGCUUGCAGCAAAGCCAUCGCUAGCGAUGAACAAGUUAAGAUCUUGGGCAUCGUCUGGAAUCCCUCUCGGGAUCUCUUUCAAUUCAGAGUUUGUCUAGAUCGCUCGGUUCCUCGGAGUAAACGCUCAAUUCUGUCGACCAUUGCUCGAUUGUACGAUCCUCUCGGGUGGGUGACUCCUGUCACGACCUCCGCCAAGAUCUUCAUGCAGCGGUUGUGGUGCUCCAAGCUCGAUUGGGAUACCGAGGUAUCCGGUAUCCUCAGCUCUCAAUGGCAAACUAUUUAUGCGAAGCUUACACAUCUGAAUGAGGUGACUCUCCCUCGGUGGACUGGAGUCCAGCCACAUUCAGCCGUCGAACUGCACGGGUUCUCCGACGCAUCCACGAUGGCGUACGCUGCCGUCGUCUACCUCAAGGUCACCUCUCCGCUCAAUGUCUCGCACAUCUCGCUACUCGCCAGUAAAUCGAAGGUCGCUCCGAUCUCUCCUCUUACUGUCCCGCGCCUCGAGCUUGCCGCCGCGGUCCUUCUGUCUCGGCUCAUGAAGUUCAUUCGAACUUCGCUUCAUCUGGAAUCCGCAUCCUGUUUCUGUUGGACGGACUCCAUGAUCGUGCUCACGUGGUUACGGUCUCAUCCCUCUCGCUGGGCCACCUUCGUGGCAAACCGCGUUCACGCCGUUCAAACAAAUAUGAUGGAUGCCUUGUGGAGCUACGUCCCCACGUCAAGCAAUCCUGCAGACUGUGCGUCUCGCGGUAUCCCCGGCGACGAAUUACUCUCUCAUCCACUGUGGUGGCACGGCCCACCUUGGUUAGCCUCCGCUCGCGAAGAGUGGCCACCGGAGCCGACUUCUUACAUUCCCUCCUCUCCGUUGGAAGAGAAAGUUGUCUCGCUCCAUUCGCAGGGGACUGCAACGCAAUGGGAUCUCGCCGUCAGAUUCUCCUCGUGGUCCAAACUCGUCAACGUUACCGCGUAUCUCUAUCGCUUUAUUGACGCAUGUCGCCGACGGAACCGGGAGUCUACCCGAUCCUCAUCAACCGCCGCUCCGCUUCGCGCCGACGAAUGCUAUACCGCCAAGAUCUUUUGGCUUAAAUACAUUCAAGCGACUCUUUUCCCUGCAGAACUCAGAGCGCUUUCCGCCGGCCGUCCCGUCGCGUCGGGUAGCCCAAUCUCGUCCCUCACUCCAUUCGUCGACAAGCACGGCGUUUUACGCGUGGGGGGACGGCUUCAACAAGCUCCUCUCCCCUACGACGUUCGACACCCUAUCAUCCUUGCAUCGCAUCCGAUAGUGACGCUCUUAGCCCAGCGAGCUCACAUUCGCACGCUGCACGGGGGGCUGCAGUUAACACUCACCGCCCUUCGCUCCGAAUACUGGAUCAUUCGAGCGCGAAGCCUCAUUAAAUCCGUCAUCCAUCGAUGUGUGGUUUGUGUCCGCGAACGCGCCUCAAUCCCGACCCAACUUAUGGGGAAUCUUCCUGCUGUUCGUGUUUCCCCACCCCCUCGAAGUUUCUCGCACUGCGGCGUUGAUUACGCUGGCCCGCUUCACGUGCGCGCAUCCGCCGGCCGGGGAGUCACCUCACGUAAAGCCUACGUUGCCCUGUUCGUGUGUCUCUCCACGAGGGCCAUCCACUUGGAACUCGUUAGCGAUUAUUCCGCCUCCGCGUUCUUGGGGGCCUUUACGCGAUUUACAUCUCGGCGUGGACUUCCGCAGACGGUUUACUCCGAUAACGGCACUACUUUUGUUGGCGCUGAGAAAGAGUUAACCAUCGCGUACCGAGCCGCCCUUCGCGACGCUUCAUUUCAACAUCAAACUGCGUCCGAUCACAUCUCCUGGCAUUUCAUCCCCCCCUCUGCACCUCAUUUCGGAGGUAUAUGGGAAGCCGGCGUCCGCAGUAUGAAACAUCAUCUACGUCGCGUGCUAGGUAGUCAUACCCUCACCUUCGAAGAGCUCACCACGCUCCUUUGCAAAAUCGAGGCUUGCCUCAAUUCGCGCCCGCUCGCUCCCCUCUCCGACUCAGUCGAUGACUAUCAAGUUCUUACUCCGGGUCAUUUCCUUAUCGGAUCUUCUCUCAUCACUCCUCCGGAGCCCUCGGUGCUCCAUCUGUCUGAGAAUCGGUUAUCACGGUGGCAACUCGUCCGCCACCUGACCGAACGGUUCUGGUCUCUCUGGACCAACGAUUACAUAAACACGCUUCAACAACGCCGUAAGUGGCGCAAGGCUGAAAAUCCUCUUCCAGUCGGACGCCUUGUGCUUUUGCGCAAUCCGAAUUUGCCCCCCUGCAAAUGGGAAUUUGGUCGCAUAGCAAAAGCUCAUCCGGGCCCCGACGGGCUGAUUCGCGUCGUUACGGUUAAGACCGCCUCGUCAGAAUAUACUCGUCCGAUCGGAAAACUCUGUCUCUUGCCGAUUGAAACUGCUUCUCCAUAG